GCAGCUUCCCUUCAGAGCUGAGCUGCGAAUCGGCGAGGGACAUCUGCGCUUUUGGGAUAAAUGGACGAAAAUGGGACAAAAACGACCUGAGAUCAGUGGAUACACGCGCACAGACUUUAAUCGGACGUUAUACCCCGGGAUAGGUUUGUUAAAUAUCCCAAAUUUUGUCUUUUAAGUGGCUGGAUUUGCAGAGAAAAGACGAGGAGGCGGCCUGAAGUGGAACGCUACGGGCUGCGUUAGCUUUAGCAUUUAGCUUAAACACAAAAACAACACAUAAUCUGAGCUGCUUUAUUUAUCCUGAAAAUCUUUCAUGUUUUCCUCUUUUAUAUCCUUUACAUUUGUAAUGUCAACUCAACCAUCAGCCCAUGUAGAUGUGACUGCAAAGCUACGCUGCUAAUUUGACAAUGCUAGCUUGUUAUACUGUCAGAUUUAGAUAUUAUAACUGAGAUUUCUGCAUAUUUUAGUGAUAGCAAUAAUUUAUAAUGAUUUAAACAAUAUAUUAACGCGUUUGGCUUUUUGCAGAAGAUUUUUGCAUAGUAUUUUUUACUGUAAAAGCAACUGUAACCAACGCAUCGGGUGUAUUAUUAAUAAUUUCAUAUCUGCCAUUUUAAUAUCUAUGAAAUCCAGGUUAAUCUGGUGCUAACAAUGGGAUUUUCAGAUAAAAUUGCCGCUGCAUAUUUUUAUAAUCCACGUGAAUGCAUGUAAUUAGUAUUUUUGUUUAUAAAUCGUCAUUUUUGUUGAAUUUUUACCUGCGGGAUUGUGAAGCUGUGAACUAAUAAUAUUGAAGACAUCGCCACAUUACACAACACUACCUUUUUACGCAUUCCUCUAAAAGUUCAAGACAUUUUUUGGGAUUUAAAUCUAUUUUUGAAGCUGGAAGCUUUUGCAAAAGGUGAUCAAGGACGCUAAUUUCUAAACUGGACCCGUAUUUUUGCAAGUUUGAGCCAUAACACGCACGUUGUUUUGAUCGGAGUUUGUGGGGGUUGGUUGUUGUGCUUGGAUCCUCGGGUGUCUUUGGGACUUUUCAGCGGACCUCCUGCAGAUGUGAGCCGCGAUGGGGAGCCAGGGCAGCCCGGUGAAGAGCUACGACUACCUGCUCAAGUUCCUGCUGGUGGGAGACAGCGAUGUGGGCAAAGGAGAGAUCUUGGACAGUCUUCAGGACGGGUCCGCGGAGUCUCCCUACGCCUACAGCAGCGGCAUCGACUACAAAACCACCACGAUCCUCCUGGAUGGGCGCCGAGUGAAGCUGGAACUGUGGGACACUUCUGGACAGGGCCGAUUCUGCACCAUCUUCAGGUCGUACUCUCGCGGAGCUCAGGGCAUCCUGCUGGUUUAUGACAUCACAAACCGCUGGUCGUUUGACGGGAUCGACCGAUGGAUCAGAGAAAUUGAUGAGCAUGCCCCUGGAGUGCCCCGGAUCCUGGUGGGUAACAGGCUGCACCUGGCGUUUAAACGGCAGGUGCCCACGGAGCAGGCACGGGCGUACGCAGAGAAAAACGGCAUGACGUUCUUCGAGGUCAGUCCUCUGUGUAACUUCAACGUGAUCGAGUCCUUCACGGAACUGUCACGAAUCGUCCUCAUGAGGCACGGCAUGGAGAAGUUCUGGAGGCCCAACAGAGUGUUCAGUCUGCAGGACCUGUGCUGUCGGGCCAUAGUCUCCUGCACUCCUGUUCACCUCAUUGACAAGCUGCCUCUGCCCGUGGCCAUAAAGUCUCACCUGAAGUCCUUCUCGAUGGCGAACGGCAUGAACGCGGUGAUGAUGCACGGGCGCUCAUACUCUCUCGCCAACCCCAACGCCGCGUCCAAGGGAAACUCGCUCAAACGCUCCAAGUCCAUCCGACCGCCACAGAGCCCCCCCCAGAACUGCACCAGAAACAACUGCAAGAUCUCAUAACAGCACACAGCCCGGGGUAAAUUUGGACAAGUCACAAUGGACCAGAUCCGGUUUUGUCUGGACUCUGCAGAGCAAAGACUUAUGGGUAAAAUGGAGGAUCUUUCCACGUGGGCGGAGCUUUUAAACGGUGCCUCAUGUAAACACAACCAGACACUUUUUAAAACACUACAUUGACUGAAUUUCACUUGUACAGACUUUGAAUUGUGACAUUGAACGCACCACAGCACACGAUUUAUUCCACUACUUUGUCUUUUUUGCUCUUAUACAAUAUUUUCAUGUGUUUUUUGCUAUUUAAAUGACCAAUAAGCUACCACUGAACACUACACACCUCUUCAUAUCCCUAUUUUAAAACAUGUGCACGUUUUGAAAGCAGCGAGGAAAAGCCUGAAAGUUUGGCAACAAGAUAAAAAUGGUGGCUGGGACGAGGAAGUCAGAAUAUGUAUUUUAUUUUUAUUUUGGUGUGGGAUUUUUUGUGAAUCUAGAAAAUGUGAUUAGACAAGUUUUAAGAAAUGUGCAAUUGUAAUUUUCUCAGACGAAUAUUGCAAUAGGAUUUGAAGAAUCUGAUGAUGUCAUAAUUUCAGAUGAGGGCGGGGCCUGUGUAACUCUAUGGGGAGACUCGCCGUUUUUGAAAUCCACAAAUGUUGAAUCUUUUCAUUAUUUGUUUGGGAUUGGCUCCACAAACUUGUCAUUGUUAACUUGUGUCUCAGAUUAUUUCACAACAACAGUCACAUUUUUGGGGUUGAAAAAUGGCACCACUUUCUGAAGCUGUUGCGAAAAAAAGAAUUUAACUUUUGUUUAUUUAUACUAACAGAAAAGACGCUGAACUUUGUGCCAGUUUUUUUUUUUUUUUAUGUGGAUAGGCCCAAGCAUUACAGAGAUAUGAACCAUAAACCAGGUCAACAAAUCUGCACUCUGACAGUUCCACAACAAACACCACCUGAGAAUUCUGUCUUAUCUCCAGUUCACUUUAAACUACAGUGAUUCUACAAUGUUGUCAUGUCAGUGAACGCAACCUUUUUGACAUUUUUAAGCACAGGAGCUUGAACAUCUGAACUGCUAAACUAACACAAGAUGCAUUUUUUGUGUGCGUGUAGAGGUCUAAACUACAGGGUUCACAGCUUUUACACACAUUUUAUAAUGCCUAAUCAGUUGCAGUCUUUGCUUUUUAAUAGUUGUGAUGAUAAAGUAGAUGUUUGAUUUAAUUCUGAGACACUUUCUGAGCGCUGCCUUGUCACUUACAGAACUUCUACUACACCUGUAACUGUUUUUUCUUGCUUGUCUUGUACAGGUGUAGUUUUGUAAGGACCAAAUGUUUUUUCUACUUAAAGAGGGGGUAUUGUGCGAAAAAUUGGCGCUUUCUUCCACGUUAUAACCUUGUUUCCUUAUCAAAAACAUGCCUGAAGAGGUUUUAGAUGUCAUCCACGAACGUUUGAGUACUGUAUUUUCCGAGCUAUUAGACGCGCUCUUAAGCCUCCAACCCCAUCAAAAAAAUGACCCACAAUCCAGAGCGCCCUAUAAACGAAUCCUACAAAGCCGCACCACCCAGAGAACACACAAACACACAUGGAGCAGACAGCGACCGCACAGCAAAACACACCCACAGACACACUCAUCACUCCACACUGACGAGGAAUGAACCGAAAAAGCGAGUGCAAUGUGCCACUUCUAGACACAACUGAACAACUGAGUCACUGCGAACACGCCGACAAUCCAGUGGUCCCAGACAGCACCCUCCCUACACACCACAACUGAACAAAGCCCAGAGUCACCGUGAACGCCACAAACAAACAAAACCACUCACCCAUCACACUGUUGUGUUUCCUUUAAAGUCCCACGCAGUUUAUUUGUGAAAAAAGUUCGAAAAUAGACCAUUCAAUGACAGUGUGCCACAUAAUCCAGAGCACCUAAUAGUGCGGAAAAUACGGUAAUCUAACAAUCUCUCCCGCGCCCUAUUUGAACCCUCCUUAUGUUCGCUGUAAGAUGAUGUACGAGGCUCCACCCACAAGCCUACGUCACCCAAUUCUCCAUAAAUAUAGAAAAGCCGGAUACAAAACUGUACACUACAACUUCACAAACCUGAAAUGAUGUGCAGUAGUUUCAUUAGUGGAAUUGUGCACUGAUUGUGUUGUGACAGCGCUAUGAAGAGGGAGCGAUUUAGCUUGGAGAGCAAAGGGAGAAGAGACUCAGAGCAUCAAAAACGGAAGUGAAACUCAUUAUACAUAUUAUGCUGUAUUUUCAAAACAAUAAAAAGUAACACGGUGAUCUAAAUAUGUGUUAGCAAUUAAAAUACCCCAUAGAAGUGUAAUACCCCCUCUUUAAAAAUGGCUUUUUUAACUUCCUAACACUUCCUAACAUUCUCUCAAAUUACUGGAGUGAAUUAUAAAAAAAAAAAAAAAUGGUGCUAAAAACUAGAAUUAGGAAAUCGUCACCCAUCAAACCUUCAAAAACUUUAAAAUUAGUGGUGACACUGCCAAGACAAAAAGACAAACAAUUCCUUUCUGAUUUGAAGAACCGAGUGAGAACCUUUCCACAUUUGAAAGAUAUAAUAUUUUAUUUGAAUUGUUUAAUUGCUAUGACUAUGGGAGACUGUUGCUACAGCUUGAAACUCGUAAAUAUAGGAAUGUCUAACGCUAGCAAUGCAAUAAUACUCGUGUUUUAAAGGUCCUAUAUUACACAAAAUUGACUCUUGUGAGCUUUAAGUCAUGUUCAGUGCUGUUCCCUCUUCAAAAACACACCUGGACUUGUGUUUGUUUCAUUCACACAUGUUUGAAUAACUUUUUAUUAUUAGUCUUUGUACAUCUCCAAAGCUCAAAAUGCUCUGUUCCAGUAUUUCUGAUGAGGAAACAACAUUAUAACAUAUUUCAGAAAAGUAAUAUAGGCUCUUUAAUUAUAAAUAUGGAUUUCCAAAAUGUACAAGAUGUCAAAUUAAGCAAUACAGUGUACAUUUUUCAAUCUGUUUUGUACGUUUUGACUCGAGAAAUUUGUGCUGCAAUACUUUUGAGUGACCACUAGAGGGUCUGGUGUUCCACUGCAAAAAAUCAUUUCUACAUUUAGGUAAAAUGACAUGGAUUCACAAUGUUUAUCUUCAUUUGAGUCGUGCAAAAAAUGUGUUAAAGAUACACUAUGUCACUUUUCUGGUAGAGGGUUCAUCACCUGCUUGUCACCAUGGAAAUAUUGUGUUAUUGCUGUGCAGAAUGUUUCACAAUAGGGCAUUAAUAAACACGUGGAUGACUCUAUCAGGCCAAGUAUCUGCAAGUGCAUGUUUUAUAUCGUAUUUUUAAGCAAUAGAAACACCUGUAAUUGAAUAAAUGUAAUAUAGAUACAUUUAAUGCUAUACUGUGGAACAUUCCAGGCCAGGCAGUAACAUGUCUGUGAGAAAAGCAGGUGGCUAACCCUCCAUCAGAGAAGUUACAUACUGCACCUUUAAAAGUGAAAUUCUGAUGUUUUUAUUCUGUCAUUUUAACCAUUUUGAUCAUCUUUUUUGCUACGUAUUUUUAUGAUGCACAACUUUUUUAACAGGACAAGUUUUGAAAAUGUUUUAUGAGGUUGUACAUGUAAAUUUGAGUGAAAAAACUAUUUCCUGGAUGUCAUGGAUAUUUUAAAAUAUUUGGGAAUUUAAAGCUGAUGAUACUUUGCCGCUGAUAUCGUCAACAUUCAUGAGGGGUGGUAAACUUUAAUCUGAGCUUUAUUUUAACACAGUCACACAGUUAACACCACAGACAAAUACACUGCUCCCCCAGCGUGAUAUCACUGCAAAGUAUCAAUCAUGGACAGAUGUUUUUGUAUUGUUAUUAUUUGUAAUUCCACUUUAUCUUGUUGCCAACGUUUCACAUAUUGUUGUUUCUUUGCUGAACCGGAGCUUGUAUUUAAUAUUGUAAUGUUUUGUAUGUUUUGAGGCGUUGUGUUGUGGUAGUUUUAGACAGGACACUACUGUUGAACUGAGCUCGGAUCUGAGAGAGUGAGCCCGAAUUUUGUUUAAGUUAUUGAUUGUACAGUGACAGAAAGAAGGGAAGAAGAGGAGUUUUUCACAAUAAAAGUAUUGAAUG